AUGUCGUUGGGACCGCAUUUCUGCAAGCACUUGCAAUGUGAUUUCGACCACCACACCUUCGACAGCUCACUCUUCUCUGAGAGGUUAGAAUACGGCAUGCAUCACGUCUAUGACCACUACGACCACAACAGAGACAUCUCUUCUCAUAAGCAGCAGGAGACGGACUCGGGCAUUGUUCAGUAG